GCUCCUGGCCAUGGCCGGCCUGUCAGACCCGGAGCUGCGGCGGGAGCUGCAGGCCCUGGGCUUCCAGCCAGGACCCAUCACCGACACCACCCGGGACGUCUACCGCAAAAAGCUGCGCCACCUGCGGGGCGAAGUCCGGCUGCGGGAGGAGGCGCGGCCGCGGAGCGAGGAGCGGCUGCGGACCGAGGCCCGGCCGCGCGAGGAGGCUCCGCUGCGCGCCCAGCCCGCCGUGGCCUCUCUGCGGGCGGAGCCCUGGCCUUCCCCGCCGGUCCCGAGCUCGGCUUUCGGCUCCGCUGGGGCCUACGGCGAUUUCGGGGCCCCCGCGGCCUCCCGGUCCGAGAGCCGCAACCUCGCCUACCCCGCCCGCCCUGCGCUGUUCAGACGCCGCGCCUCGGGCCGGGGCAGCUCCGAGGAGGAUGAGGACGCCCGGCCGCUCCACAGGGCCGCGCCUGGCCUCAGGGCCCGUCGCUGGUGGGCUGCGUCCCCGGCCCCGGCGCGCCUGCCCUCCUGCCUCGGCGCCGAGCCCCGGCCCGGCCUGCGGCCCACGCGAGCGGGCCCGGCGGGCGCGGCGCAGGCCCGGCCCGAGGCGGGGCGGCGGCUGGAGCGCUGCCUGUCCCGGCUCCUGCUCUGGGCCAGCCUGGGGCUGCUGUUCGUCUUCCUGGGCAUCCUCUGGGUGAAGAUAGGCAAGCCCUCGGCGCCGCAGGAGGCGGAGGACAACAUGAAAUUAUUGCCAGUGGACUGUGAGAGAAAAACAGAUGAGUUCUGUCAAGCCAAGCAGAAGGCGGCCUUGCUGGAGCUGCUGCACGAACUCUACAACUUCCUGGCCAUCCAAGCUGGUAAUUUUGAAUGUGGAAAUCCAGACAAGCUGAAAAGCAAAUGCAUCCCUGUCGUGGAAGCCCAGGAACACAUAGCGAAUGUGACGGGCAGUUCCUCUGCCAGAUUUGAGGCUGCACUGACCUGGAUCCUGAGCAGUAACAAGGAUGUGGGCAUCUGUUUGAAAGGGGAAGACCCAUCUGAAUUGGUGACAACCGUGGACAAGGUGGUCUGCUUGGAAUCCGCCCGCCCCCGCAUGGGUGUGGGCUGCCGCCUGAGCCGUGCCCUGCUCACCGCAGUCACCCACGUGCUCGUCUUCUUCUGGUGCUUGGCCUUUCUGUGGGGACUCCUGAUCUUCCUGAAGUACCGGUGGCGCAAGCUGGAAGAGGAGGAGCAGGCCAUGUAUGAGAUGGUGAAGAAGAUUAUAGAUGUCGUUCAGGACCACUACGUGGACUGGGAGCAGGACAUGGAGCGCUACCCCUACGUGGGCAUCCUGCACGUGCGCGACACGCUCAUCCCUCCGCAGAGCCGGAGGCGCAUGAAGCGGGUCUGGGACCGGGCUGUGGAGUUCCUGGCCUCCAACGAAUCCCGGAUCCAGACGGAGUCCCACCGCGUGGCUGGGGAAGACAUGCUGGUGUGGAGGUGGACUAAGCCCUCUUUCUUCUCCGACUCUGAGCGAUAACCCUCAGCUGGGGCCUGUGCCCAGUCAGCCGGUCCCGGCCAGUCCCCUCAAGGGCUCAAGAGGGCCACCAGACCUGGUGCUGAAUUCACACUUGCCUUGACCCUGGUUCCAGGGUCUCUGUGAGACUCCUCCGAGGUUCGCUUAGCAGGAAAGCUGAGCUUCCUUGGAGGGUGGAGGAGAGGCCAGAGGCAGGUGGGCAGCUGGCCUCUGCAUUGGCCCGUCCUCUGCCGGCAGGAAAGGGGAAAAGGUUUGUUUUCGUGGAUAGAAAAGAAAAGCAGCAGCUGUGAGACCUGCUGAGCGAGCGUGAGGUCGGGUGUGGACAUUGGGCAGGGACACAGGUCGGGGGGUAGGCUGGGAUGGCAGGGGUCAGGGAGCAGCUUGUUCACGUGCCUUCGGGGUGUCCCCUGGGAUCUCUAGCUGGAUGGGCCCCUCAUCCUGAGGGGCAAGGUGCUAGGAAUUAGAACAAGCCCUGUAGGAGAAUGAUCUAGAAACGCGCGCGGUCGGAGCAUGCUGGCCCCUCAGGCCGGGUGUGAGCUGUUGGUGUGGCCUGGGAGGAACCUGGCUAGUCCAGGGCCUGAGAGCAGAGGCGUGUCAGGGCUGCCCAGCCACCAGGGCCGUGCCCGCCCGAGGCAGCCUCCCAGGGUGGACUUCUGCAGUGGUUCCUCGGACAGGAGGCUUUAUAGACCAGACCAGCAGCCAGGGCACUGCAUCCGGUCGAGAGUGCCGAUUCCAGGACGCUGAGCCUCUCUCUCCCAGUGCGGGAGGAGCACCCUGUUUACAGCGACCACAGCCUCCCCACCCGCUGGUUAACCAGCACCUCCAGGACAGGUCCCUUCUGUGUUUCCCGGAGGUGUGAGGGCCACGCCACUGCCCCCUGCUGGCCACAGAGAGGCUGCCUGCACCUCCUCAGACCCUCAUGGCUGCCAGAGCCCCGGCCCACCUGGUGGGGGCGGUCUCCAGAGACAGGCCAGUGGGGCCGGAGUCUCAUCCCCAUACUCUCAUCUGCAUCAGGCAGGCGAGGGGCAGUGGGCAGAUGCAGCAGCUGCCUCCAACAGGCAUUAUCCACCACUUUCUGGUCUUACUGGUCUUUUUUGUUUUCUUAAUAAACCUCCAGUCUCCCACAUUUAAGCAACACUCUCAUUUCCUCUUAUGUCUGGAUGAUGGGUGGCCCCGUGGCAAAGAAAUCGGUUCAUAAUCAGGCUCCAGCCAGAAUAAGAAACACAACAGCCUUCACUACCGGGGUUGAAA